UUGGGGGACACACGUGAUCUUACAACAGGAUCCUGCUCCCUCAUUUCUGCCGUGAGCUUUAGAUUCCUCUGGACCUGAGACAUACAGCAUCUCUGGAACGACACACACAGAAGUCAGGAUGAAGUUGCUGGUUCAGCUUAGAAUUCUCUUCCUCUGUCUCAUCGCCUGUAAACUCACUGAUGCCAGAGCCUUCACCCCUGAAGGAGUUCCAUACGACGAGCCCCCGGCAGUCCCCUACUGGCCUUACACCACCUCAGACUUCUGGCACUACGUAGAGUACUUCAGGUCUAUUGGAGCCUACAACCACAUCAACGAAAUGGCCCGGGCCUUCUAUGCUCACCAACACUUGGGAGACACACUUGGAUAUGAGACCAACGAGGGACACGAACACUGAGGAGAGAGAGGAGACGGGAGAGAGGGAGGGAGGGUAGAGAGAGAAUAGA